CAUCCACCAUUCAGUAUCUUUGCUUUUCGUGUUUACAUACGAUGUAUUGAUUAUUCGAGCUCUUGAAUAGUAAUUAGAUGAUUGUACAAAAUAUCGUAUUAUUAGUGUGUGUGUUAGUGAAUGGAAGACGAUCUGUGACGUGAACACAUACUCAAUUACUUAUUAACUAUAAUACUAACGUAGUGCUAAAUUCAUUACAUUACUACUUUAUAAUUACUUGGACCGUGCCAAAAACUAUAAGUAAGACCGGAAUCUGUGGAUUUUAAUACAGAAUUGUUAUAUAGAAGAUAUUACAAAAUAAUGUGUAAGUAUCAAGAAUGUGUAAAAACAAGAAUAUGGAUUGUCUUACUACUUAUUAUCUUCAAUUGGUAGUGAUAAUAUUAAAGUGUUAAGACGUUCGAUUGAACAAACAAGUUCGUCAACAUAAAACUGAAAAUAACACAGUGCCUUAAAAUAAAAUUAUGGCAUUAAAUCUGGUAUUAAUUGUAAUAUCACUGAUAUCAUCAGCCAAUAUGUUACCUUGCAAUGAUGAACCCUCCAUCAACGAAGUCCAAGACCACUUCGCCUACACCCCGCGGCGGCAGUGGCGCGCCCGGGAGCCCACCGAGCGGCGCCCCCUGGCCCGCCCGGCGCCCUUCGUGGUCCUACAUCACUCCUACACCCCCCCCGCAUGUGGGGAUCCCGCCCAGUGUGAGGAGGCCAUGAGGGUCAUGCAGAACAUGCAUAUGGAUGGGCACGGGUGGGCGGAUAUUGGGUAUAAUUUCGCCGUCGGCGGAGACGGCGCGGUGUACGAGGGCCGCGGCUGGGCGCUGCUCGGGGCUCACGCGCUGCACUUCAACACCGUCAGCCUCGGCGUGUGCCUCAUCGGGGACUGGAGCGAUUCCCUACCACCGCGCAACCAGCUCAAAGCCGUGCAAGCCCUCAUAGCCGAAGGCGUAGCGCGGGGAGCCAUCACACCCAACUACCGCCUCGUGGGACACCGCCAGGUCCGCGCCAACACCUCCUGCCCCGGAGACGCUCUCUUCAACCACAUCCAGACCUGGAAACAGUACUCCGCGUUUCCAGCCUCCUGGAGAGAUUUGGUCGACGUGCCUGAACUGCCAAAGAGUGAUAGGGAUGUGGUGCGCAGGAGCUUAUUGGAAUUCUGAUGGUAUUUGGCUAUAGCAGAAUGUUGUAAUAAGUGGGGGUUGGAGGUCUUAUCAGAAUCAUAGUUAAAUUUAUACUUAGUUAAUUAUCUGUUUUGUAUAAUAUUCAUUUGAUCUUAGGCCGCUUUACCAGUAUCAGUAGGCUAUGCGUAACACUGCCGCUGCAUAAUAAAAAAACCGAUACGCCGCUAACUCAGUCGGUGGUGAACAGUUUACCUACUGGAAAGUAUGUAUAACCUAAAUUGUAGAUGUGAAUGUGAAACAUAGUAAUUAUUGUCUACAUUUUAUGAAUAGCUACUUAUUCUAAUUCUACACAGAACAUAAUAUGUAGGCACCGCGAAUCUAUAGAUAUACUUAGUAAAUGUAUAAAAUAAUAAUAGGUAAGUACCCAUAAUAUGUUUGUGAUAAGUAUGAUAUUUAAAUAAAAAUAUCUUUAUCAGUACGCAUAAACAA